CGGAAGUCAUUCGGGGACGAAUGCGGUAGCUAGGUUUUGAUUGAAGCCCAUAGCAACAUCAAUAAUAAAGUGUGAGAGAAUCUUUCGAACACACGUCUGAGUUGGAUUGGGGGAAAAGGAAAAUAAGAUGUUUAAAAACACAUUCCAGAGUGGGUUUCUAUCUGUGCUCUACAGCAUUGGAAGCAAGCCCCUUCAGAUAUGGGAUAAAAAGGUGAGAAAUGGUCACAUUAAGAGGAUCACAGACAAUGACAUUCAGUCUCUGGUGCUGGAAGUGGAAGGAACAAAUGUCAGCACUACAUACAUCACAUGUCCAGCAGACCCCAAGAAGACACUUGGCAUCAAACUUCCAUUCUUGGUUAUGAUAAUCAAAAAUUUAAAGAAGUAUUUCACCUUUGAAGUUCAGGUGUUAGAUGACAAGAACGUGAGGCGUCGUUUCCGGGCCAGUAACUACCAGAGUACGACCCGGGUGAAGCCCUUCAUUUGCACCAUGCCAAUGCGGCUGGACGACGGCUGGAACCAGAUCCAGUUCAACCUGUCCGACUUCACGCGUCGGGCUUACGGCACCAACUACAUCGAGACGCUUCGCGUACAGAUUCAUGCAAACUGUCGCAUACGAAGGGUGUACUUCUCUGACAGACUGUACUCAGAGGAUGAGCUGCCAGCAGAAUUCAAACUGUAUUUACCCGUUCAAAAUAAAGCUAAGCACUAGGGUGAAGCGAUUCCCUUUCCACUCCCCAGAUGUUAAAUUAUUUCCAGAUCUUCUUCAAAUGCUUUUGUCGAAAGUGUUUACUUUUUUAGCCAUGUGAUUGUCUCCCUUUUACUGUCAGUAUGGAAUUUGCACAAUAAAUGUUUUGUACAAAAAUAA